AUUGUGUGAAGUUGGCAGCACUUAACUUAGUUGAUUAUUACUUGCACAUUUGGCGAUUGUCAAACCCAAAAGAAGUGAAUUUUGCUGCGUUGUUUCGCGGUGUUGUUAAAGUUUAAGUUCGUCAAAUAAUUAAUAUAUAUUGCAUUUACAGAGUGCAAUAACUUAUAAAAUAGAUUAAACAAAUCUUUUUGUAUUGCAUUAAUUAUUAAUCAGAAAUGGAUCGCUUGUUACGUUUAGGCGGCGCUAUGCCACAGGCUCCACCACCAACAGACGCUCCUGUUGUAGAUACUGCAGAGCAGGUAUAUAUCUCGUCAUUAGCUUUACUUAAAAUGCUAAAACAUGGUCGAGCUGGUGUACCAAUGGAAGUCAUGGGUUUAAUGUUGGGCGAAUUCGUUGAUGAUUACACCGUACAUGUUAUUGACGUUUUUGCAAUGCCACAAACAGGCACAGGAGUAUCCGUUGAAGCAGUUGAUCCAGUUUUUCAGGCGAAAAUGUUAGAUAUGUUGAAGCAAACUGGUCGACCUGAAAUGGUUGUUGGUUGGUACCAUUCUCAUCCUGGCUUUGGUUGCUGGCUUUCUGGUGUCGAUAUAAAUACACAACAAUCUUUUGAGGCACUUUCUGAACGUGCCGUUGCUGUUGUAGUUGAUCCGAUACAAUCAGUUAAAGGAAAAGUUGUUAUUGAUGCUUUUCGUCUUAUAAAUCCUAAUACGUUGGUACUUGGACAAGAGCCUCGUCAAACCACAUCGAAUUUGGGUCACUUACAAAAACCCUCGGUACAAGCUUUGAUUCAUGGCCUCAACCGACAUUACUAUUCGAUUAGCAUUAAUUAUAGAAAAAAUGAGCUUGAACAAAAAAUGUUGCUUAACUUACACAAGAAAUCAUGGAUGGAUGGUCUUACACUUGCCGACUACCAGGAACAUAGCGAUAUUAAUGAAAAGACUGUACAAGAUAUGUUGGAGCUGGCCAAAAAUUACAAUAAGGCAUUAGAAGAUGAAGAAAAAAUGACGCCUCAACAACUGGCUAUUAAAAAUGUUGGCAAGCAGGAUCCCAAACGUCAUUUAGAAGAAAAAGUGGAUAUAGUUAUGCAGAAUAAUAUUGUUCAGUCGCUGGCUUCGAUGCUUGAUGCAAUUGCAUUUAAAUAGGUUUUUAAGAACAAAUUCAACCACGUCAGAGAACACAACUUCAUUUCCAUAUACAGUUUUUCAAAAACAACAAAUUCAUAUCAAAUUCUUGAUAGUUCUACAUUUUAAAAAUUUGACGAUAAUAUAUAUCUGUAAUGUUUUAAUUUUAACUUAACAAAAUUAAUAACAGAAUUGACAAACAAGUGUAAUAAAAACAAUAUAAU